AUGGGUGCUUAUGAGGUCGCACAAGCGGAGAGGAGCAUUAGCUUGUGGUGGGGCGAGCUACCGUGGUAUGUGAAAGGGAGAGGGGUGUUGUCUUGGUGUGUGAAGGGAAGAGGAGCAUUGGCCUAUGGUGGUCGAGCUACCGUGAGAAGAAAAGCGUUGGCUUGUGGUGGGCAAGCUACCGUGGCAUGCGAAAGGGAGAGAAAUGUUAGCUUGGCGAGAUUGGGCGAGCUACUCGUGGUGUGCGAAGGGUUGGUUUCGGGUGAAAGGGAGGGAGCUUACAAGGUGGAAUUUUUUUGUUGUAGAGAGUCUACUAAGUUUGUUAAAGAUGGUGAGUGA